CCUUGUUUCUUUGCGUUCUCUUCUCUCUUCAACCAUUAGUUUCUUCGAUUUGGUGAUCUGCUUUUUCACACAAAGGAGAGUUGAUCUUUGUUCUAGAGGGAAUUGGGGGUCACUAUUAAGCGGCUAAUGGCUGAAAAUUUUUGCGAGAGGAUUCUAGAGAGAGAUAGUGGAGAGAGAAAGGAGUGAUUGAUUGGAUUUUCUGGAGGCGGGUUUGUGAGGCGAUGGCGAUGGCGAUGGCGAUGAUGAAAGGCGACUAUUGAAGGAUUGAAGUGUAUGUUUGUGUAGAUAUAAAUAUUCAGGGCCAAGGGUUUUUCUUGAUUUGGGGGGAUUUGAUAUGGGUGGGUGUUUUCCAUGCUUUGGAUCAUCAAACAAGGACAGUAAUGGCGUGAAAGAAGUGGCGAAGAAGGACUCUGUGAAGGAACCUUCAACUGCUCCGUCUCAUCAUGUCACUAGAGUUAGCUCAGACAAAUCCAAGUCCCGUGGAGGUUCUGAUUCUAAGAAGGAUCCAAGAAAAGAUUUAUCAGUUCGGAAAGAUGGAACAACAGCACAUAUCGCUGCACAGACCUUUACAUUUCGUGAGCUUGCUACUGCAACAAAGAACUUUAAGCCGGAGUGUCUUCUAGGUGAAGGUGGGUUUGGACGUGUUUACAAGGGGCUGUUGGAAAGCACAGGACAGGUAGUUGCAGUGAAACAGCUCGAUCGCAAUGGCUUACAAGGAAAUAGAGAAUUUUUGGUUGAGGUUCUCAUGCUAAGUCUCUUGCACCAUCCGAACCUUGUCAAUUUGAUAGGUUAUUGUGCAGAUGGAGAUCAACGGCUCCUGGUUUAUGAGUUUAUGCCAUUGGGAUCUUUAGAGGACCAUUUACACGAUCUUCCGCCUGAUAAAGAGCCUUUGGACUGGAACACAAGGAUGAAGAUUGCAGCAGGUGCAGCAAAGGGCCUGGAGUAUUUGCAUGACAAGGCAAACCCUCCAGUCAUAUACAGAGACUUAAAAUCAUCAAACAUCCUUUUGGAUGAGGGUUAUCAUCCCAAGUUAUCAGAUUUUGGGCUUGCAAAACUUGGUCCUGUUGGUGAUAAAACACAUGUUUCCACCCGGGUUAUGGGAACAUAUGGUUACUGUGCUCCUGAAUAUGCUAUGACUGGCCAGCUCACACUCAAGUCUGAUGUUUAUAGUUUUGGAGUUGUCUUUCUUGAGAUCAUUACAGGACGCAAGGCUAUUGACAACACCAGGGCAACAGGGGAGCAUAAUCUUGUUGCAUGGGCAAGACCACUUUUCAAGGAUCGAAGGAAGUUCCCCAAAAUGGCUGAUCCACUGUUACAAGGUCGUUACCCAAUGCGAGGACUUUACCAAGCACUUGCUGUUGCAGCCAUGUGUCUGCAAGAACAAGCUGCUACAAGGCCUUUAAUAGGGGAUGUAGUAACUGCCUUAACAUAUUUAGCGUCCCAAACUUAUGAUCCUAAUGGACCAACUGCUCAAAGUAAUAGAGUUGGUCCAUCUACUCCUAGGCACAAGGAUGAGAGAAGGGGCAUGGGUGAUGGGCUAGAUAGUCCAGGCCAUCAUGGCUCGCCUUCCACCCAUAGGAAUUCUCCUGAUUUCAGGAAGAGAGAGUCUGCAAGGGAAUUGAGUACGGGUUCAGAGUUGAGAAGGAUUGAAACUGGGGGUGGCUCUGGGAGGAAAUGGGCCGUGGAUGAACUGGAACGCCAGGAAUCUCAAAGAAGCAGCCCUGCUAGUGUUGGAAGGGCUAGAGAAACACCAAGGAAUCGAGAUCUAGAUAGAGAACGUGCAGUGGCUGAGGCAAAAGUAUGGGGUGAGAAUUGGAGAGAGAAGAAAAGAGCAAAUGCAGUGGGCAGUUUUGAUGGUACAAAUGAUUAAAUUGCAUCGGAUUUGGAGCCCUGGACAUGUUACUCCAGUCUCGAGAAGAAAAGAAGUUGAUUGUACGAUUCUGAGGAUCAUCCCGAGAAUAUGCAGAGCUGUCAUCAUCCUUUACUGCCAUGGUGUCCAUAUUUGGCACGGGAAUAACGAUUAUGUCCAACUUUUCGACUGUUGUUGGUUGUCCUGUUAUCGUUAUUGUAGUUCAGUACGGAAACUGAAUGCUCCAAUUAUGUGGUAAAGGGUAGGAGACGCAGUUAAGAAAAGGAGGAAAUUAAUGGGGGUUGGUGUUUGUAAUUUUGGGCAUAUUUACUGGUAAGACCACUGCAGAACGUUAUAUGCUACGAGUUAAUUUAUGUAUUUAGGGUUUUUCUUUUUCUUUUCCUUUAGUUUUUUGGGUUCAAGUUCAUGAUGAAACGGGAGAGAAGCUUGGGAGAUGUUUUCGUUUUGACAGGUAUAUUGUAUGUAGUGGUUGUGUGGGAAUUUAGUGGGUUUGUCUUGGGUGUCUCAAAUGUUUCGUUCCGAUACCAUUUGUUUACUCUACAUCUGUAGAAACGUUGAGAUGAUCAUGUUUUUGGGUUUUUAUAUACGAAGAUGGUCCAUCGCCAUGCCAUUCUU